AUGCCUUUCAGCCUUUCGAUUCCGUUCGUCAAUCCCUAUGCCAAUCCCGCUCUCCAUCAGUACGUCGCGUAUCUUCGCGAGCUCUUCGCGCAAGUGCAGCAGGAGUCAACAACGGACUCAGCAGGUCGGCCUGCAAGCCUCCCUGUUUCAGCAGCAGCGCAAGCGCAGACAGCAAGGGCGGAGGCCUACCUUCAGCGAAUUACCUUGCUGGCUGACUUGCUGGAGGAGCACGUGCUGCCUGACAUGUGGCACAUGCCGGACAGCCUGCCUCUUCAGGACGUCUGCCAGCUGGACGCGCUGGUACCUCAAGAUCGCAACUUGCCUGCAACCUUCAGAGGAAUUAAGCCUGCUCAAUCUCAACCGCAGCAGCAAGGAGAAACCAGUGGAGGUGCCUCACACGGUUGUGUGCCAUUCUCUGCAGCUUUUGCGGGUCGGGAGGGCAGGGAGGCGUUGGGCCUUCGCUCACGCCACCGCCUGUUGAGAGAUCGGCGUGGGCCAUCUUCCAAGAAUCCGCAACCAGGUUCUUCUCUCUCUGGAUCGACCCUGGACGACGCAUCAAGAGCAAUUAUUUCGACCCAUAAGAAUCUUCAGGAGGAGCUAUCUGAUCAGAUGCUGACGCUGGCAGGGCAGAUGAAGGCCAACUCGCUCGCCAUGGAGGAGAAAGUCAAAAGCUCCAACAAGGCUCUUGAUGCUACUGAGGAAUCAAUGGAGCGAAACGUGGCCAGCCUGAGUCGGGCGAACCAAAGAGCUUCACGGUUGGCCCGGCAGGGAUUUUGCACUGGCUUAUCAACGCGGCGUCGCGCAUCCGUACUAUCCGCGCGACAUCGUGUUGCCCGACUACGUCCCGCCAGCGUGGAGCACGGCGGAGCUCUUCGGCGUUUUCGGGGUGGCCGUCGGGCUGAUCUUCACGCUCUCAUUUCUGUUCGCACGCUCAUGUCGGCAUCUAUCAGCGUCGGAGCGCUUCACGUUCAGCUGGUGGGCCGUGACAGGCGCCAUUCACAUGCUCAUGGAGGGAGCAUUUGUCGCCUUCCCCGCCCUCAUCAGCAGCACCAGCAAGGCCUUCCUCCUAGAUGCCUGGAAGGAGUAUGCCAUAUCGGAUUCACGAUAAGCCAUCGUCUCUCUCGAGGCAGUCACUGCCUUCAUCGAAGGCCCUGCGUGCAUCCUCAUUCUGCAUGCCAUGGCGGCCAGGAAGCCCUUCAGCAAUUUGCUGCAGUUCACCACAUGGCUAAUGAGUGCGGUUUCCGAGGCGAUCCCGGAAACGAAUCCGCAGAUUCGAUACGCAGCAGCAGCAGCGCCAGCGCUGGUCUCGAGGAGACGAUUCUGUUGGCUGGCGACGCCCCUUCCUCCGCUCCUCUCGACCAAUCGCAGACCAAGCUAAAAAAUAAAAGAAGAAAAAACAAGCACACGCGAGAGCGCACAGGACGGCGCAAGUUCGCGCAGGCCCUUGGGAACUCCAAUAAACAAAACGCGGCAUGUUCAGUGUCCCGUUAUGGAGCUUCCCGUCAUAAGCACAAUGCGCCGCUUCCGCGUCGAGUGAUUCAGCUCGUUAACGCCCUCCAGGCCGCCCUCUCUCCAAGGCUUUCCUCGAAGCUUCCUCCAAAGGCGACGCUCUUCGCGCUCUACGUCUCUCAUUUCCUCUCCAGAUGGACCAAUCGCAUGUGGGAAUUCGCCGUGCCGCUCUUUCUCCUGGACUCCUCUUACAUUGCCACGUCAGCUUCCUCUUCCUACGAUACAGUCACCUCCGGUAGUAGUAGUAGCAGCGCAGGAUCCGCCUCGUUGCUGCUCGUGGCGCUUUACGGCCUCUCCGAGUCGCUCGCGAUGUCUUUAUUCUCCGUCCCCAUAGGAACGUGGGUGGAUCUCUGUCCGCGUUUGCCGCUAGCUGCCUUCGCGAUCUCCGCUCAAAACGCCGCUCUGUUUCUCGCCGCAAUCGCCGUCGCCGCUCUCCUUUACCUCGCCGACUAUCUCGCCUCACCCGCCGCCGCGAGUCCAGCUGGGUCCGAGCUAUUCGCGUGGGUGGCCGGAGCGGCCGAGACGGGAGCUGACGUGGCGCUGGUGGCCGCGGUUUGCGCGCUGGGCGCCGCGGCUGCUCUCGCCGAAUUGGCGCGCGGGAUCGCGGUGGAGCGUGAUUGGGCCGUGGUGAUUGCGGAUUGGGUUUGCGAGCAGGAAGGUGCUUCGAAAAGAGGAAGCGGGCGGCAGGGGGAAUGGGAUGACAGGGGACAAGUCGAAGACGAGAGAGGGGGAGUAGUGGAGGUGGAGGUGGCUUUUAACGAAUCAGCACGGCAUGGGAAACAGGGGGGGAGAGAGGAGCGGGGGAGAGAGGAAGGGCAGAGAGAGCAGGUGCAGAGAGAGGAGAGGGGGGAACACCAAUUGCAGACGCACGUUGGAGGCAAGAGUGGCUUCAGCAAAGCAGGGGAGCAAGAGGUGGUAGGUUCUAGUCACUGGGACAAGGCAGCGCAUGCAGAGGAGGUUCUAGCUGGGCAGCAACAGGGGCAACAACAGGGGCAGCAGGAGGAGCAGCUGGAGGAACAGAAAGAGCAGGAGGAGCAGCAGGGGAGCGAGCACAGGGAGCGCGUGCGAGCGCGGCUCAACUCCACCCUGCGCACCAUAGACCUGCUCUGCCGCCUGCUCGCCCCCGCCCUCACUGGCGCCCUCAUGGCCGCCGCCUCCUCCUCCCCCUCUGCCUCUACCACUUCUCCCGCCGCAUCCGUGCGCCCUGAGCUGCUGCCCGUGUCUCUGCCGCUCGCCAUGGCUGUGUGGGUCCUGGCAGCCGCUGCUGCGGAGCUGCUGCUGCUGGCGCUCGUUCACUUGCAGGUGCCAGGGUUGGGGGGGAGGCGCAAGGAAUGGGGAGGAGGGGAGGAGAUGGGGGAGGGUGAAGGGGUUGGUGAGGAGGAAAGGGAAGGUGAGGGAGGGGAGGAGGAAGAAGAGGAGGACGAGGAAGCGGAGGAGGAAGAAGGUAGAGAGGGAGGGACGGGGCAUGGAGGGGACGGUAGGAAUGGAGUGGGGGAUGUUACGAGUCGACUGAAGACACAAGUGGACGAUGAGGAGCAUGUGCAAAGAGAUAAGCAUGAGGCAGGAGAUACGCAGAUACUGGUCCCGUCAGCCGCUAAUCCAAUGCCACCUGCUUCUCUCACCCCGUCAGACUCCCCAGCCAUCCCUAAUAUCACCACCAUCACUGCCACCAGAAGCAGCAGCAGGAGCAGCAGCAGCGAGCCUCCACUCGUCCCCUCUGUGACCCAAUCCUCCCCAAGCCCAGUCAACCCCUCCUCCAUCAAUGGCAUUCUCUCCUCCCUCCACCACCUCCGCCUCCUCACCACCUCCUGGCUGACCACCCUUCGAUCCGCCUGGACAAUCUACCUCCGCCAGGCCUCCCUUCUCCCCUCGCUCGCCCUCGCCCUUCUCUACCUCACAGUCCUCUCAUUCGGAUCCCUCAUGUGCGCCUACCUGCACUCCCAAGGCGUCCCUCUCGGUCUUCUAGGCUCGGCAAGCGGCGCCGCAGCUGUCACCGGCGUGCUCGGAGCAACCCUCUUCCCGAGCCUCUGCGCCAGGCUCGGGCCGAGCCGGACCGCCGAGGCCUCCGUGUGGUCCCAGCUGACGUGCCUCCUGCCGUGUGUCGUCGCGGGAUUGGUUCUCCAGUCGUCAGGCCCGAUACCAGCAGUGCUGCUGAUGAUAGGAGUGGUACUCUCUAGGGCUCCUCUAUGGGUGUUUGACCUUUCAGUGCUGCAGAUGGUGCAGGGGGCUGUGGUGGAGGAGGAGAGAGGUGCAGUGGGAGGAGUUCAGGAGUCGUUGCAGCAGGGAAUGCAGCUGGUAGUGUUGGUGCUUGCAGCGGUGAUUAGUAGACCGAGGGAUUUCUGGGUGCUGACAACGGUGUCAGGAGGGGCUGUGACGCUGGCAGCGGUGCUGGUGAGUGUGGACCGGAGGGCGAGGGGACUCCUGAGUAGAUUAGGGAGGGGUGUUUGGCAAAGGAAGGACACGAAGCUUCUGGAAGUUGAUGACAUGGUUCGGAGGGAAGCUGCUGCAGAUGAGGUGUAA